UCCCGCCUAGGAGCGGAGUAGGUAUAGCAUGUUGUCCCCGCAGCGUGCAUUCUGCCGAGCGAACUUAUCCAGUGAUAACGUCAUACAGGCACUAACGCACUUCAACUCUCCCUAAACCGCAUCUACACAUUUCGCAAACGCUACAUUUGAGACUGCAAUUGUUUAUCAGCAAAGGUGGAGGUGAACGGGACGACCAUCACCAAACAAACAGCUUUGCAUCUAUGAACGCCUUCAUCGCCAGAACAUCUCUAGCUCCACGACACGUCUAUAGACAGUUCGCUGCCACACAUCGCAAAAUGCAUAUCAAGUCGAUUCCUAUGUGGACGGGUAGUAGUGACAACUAUGCCUACCUCGUUGUCGACGACAAGUCCAAGGACGCCGUCAUCAUCGAUCCCGCGCAUCCUGAGGAGGUCGCUCCCGUCUUGAAGAAGGCCAUCGAUGAUGGAUCCAUCAAGCUCACAGCCAUUGUGAACACCCACCACCAUUGGGACCACGCCGGCGGAAACACCAAGCUUCGCACUGCUCUCGGCCUCCCCAACCUCGAAAUCAUCGGCGGUAAGGACUGCGAGAAGGUGAACAAGGUUCCGGCCCACGGCCAAGGUUUCAACAUCGGCAAUAUCGCCGUCAAGGCUCUGCAUACGCCUUGCCACACACAGGAUAGCAUUUGCUGGUUCAUGCAGGAUGGGGACGACAAGGUCGUCUUUACUGGUGAUACGCUUUUCCACGGAGGCUGCGGUCGCUUCUUCGAAGGAAAUGGAGCGGAGAUGCACAAGGCUUUGAAUGAGACGCUUGCUUCUUUGCCGGAUGAGACUCGUGUUUUCCCCGGUCACGAAUACACCAAGUCCAACGCCAAGUUCUGCAUGUCGGUAUUGCAAAGCGAGGCCGUCAAGGCUCUCCAAGCUUUUGCGGAGAAGCAUCGGGAGACGCAGGGCAAGUUCACCAUUGGUGACGAGAAGAAGCACAAUGUAUUCAUGAGGCCUCAUGACCCUGAGAUCCAGAAGGCAACGGGCGAGACCGAUCCGGUGGCUAUUAUGACGAAGUUGAGGGAGAUGAAGAACAACUUCAAGUGAGCGUUGGGUCAGGCAAAUCAUGAUAAAUGAUAGCAGAUCCAAGACUGGCUCUUCUCUUCGUCUUUCAUCCGUAAAAGCCUGUGACGAUCGACCCCAGAUGGAAUCUGCACGAGGCAAAUAAUCAAGUAACAAUUUCAGAAGAGCCGUCAAAUGGGCUAGAAAAAAACAUGUCAUGGGCUUAUGGCAAGAGGUCAUUCGAGCCGCAAGCAUGCUUGUCCUACAGCACCGAGCACGCCAACCAAUUCUACAGUUUGCACAACAUUGAAAUUGUCACAAUAGGAUAUGUAUCCGCAAGCACAUACCAUCAAGACCCGGGACGGGCAGACAAGAUGAUUCAUGACUUGACGGAGGGUGGCCAUUUGAAGGAAUGAACCAGCCGUACAUUUAUUCUUGCUUCAUUGUCCACACUUGCGCGCCCUGGGGUUAUUUUGAAGGCGACAAGCUCUAGCAUAAUGAUGAAGCUGGGUAUUUUGGGCAAGGGUUUUGUGUGUUGUAAAAUGGGGGUUUGUGAAGAAAUUGAGAAGAAAAUUGGAUAGAUUGGAG